GCAUCUUUGGACGCCAUAUUGCAUCUUAGCAAGUGCGCGCAAAAAUAUUAACAAUUUACGUAUUUAGUUCAUAAAUGUAAUGAGUAUAUCACAGCAUUAUGAUGUUAAGUGACAGUUAACACAAUUGGGAGUAUCUACACCGAGAUUUGAACUGUGUUUUCCUUAUUUUGUGAGGAUAUUUAACGAUUUGAAACAAGAGCGACUGAUUUUGAAUUUUUAAAAAAUGGCUUUUGUGGUGGAUGUAAAAGAACUCGAUUUGGGGGACACCCGCGUCGAGUUUAUAGCUGAAUAUGUCCUCAAAACAUUGCGCAUUAAAGGUGACAAGUUCUCCAAAAUGUACAGCUUAGAUGAGAAUAAACAGAUGUUCUUUGACUUCUUCGAAAAGAAUGAUAUUCACAUUUUGAUUGUCAUCGCAAAUUCUGCAGGAAUGUUAUCAAUUCAACAUGAAUGGCCGCAGCAAGUAAAAUCAAAAGCAUGCUAUUUUGUCAAAAAAGAGGCUGCUCUUGGAAAAGAUGCAAACUACAGAACUGCUAUGAUGUAUGGUGAUCUUGCAUACUCACCCAUGGAUCAGCUUGCAGCGCUUACAGAUGAGGUUUUAGUUCCACUGUUGUCAAAUGAGAGAAAUCAUGAGCAAUGGCCUAAUGUUGUAUCAGCAGAUGUAUUACGCCAUGUACAUAACUUGAAGAGCAGCGUCUAUGUUGUUGCAGGACAAGUGAAGGGGAAAACUUUAUUACCUCUACCUGUUGGUACAGAGAAAGUGGAAGAAGUAGCUGAAAAGGAAGAUACAUGUGACAGAAACUUGGUGCAUGCAAUUGAAUCAGUCAUUAUUGAUUGGACCCACCAGAUAAGAGAUGUCCUCAAGAGAGACUCUGCUCAGCCACUCCUUGAGGGACUUAAUCCAUCACCCUUUGUAGAGUUGAACUUCUGGAAAGCAAAGGCUCAGAAUCUUGAAUGCAUUUAUGAUCAGUUACGAGAUCCCAAAGUGCGUAAAAUGGCUGAACUUUUGGAGAGAACACAGAGCAGCUACUUCCCAUCCUUUAAGAACAUCUUCAGAGAUGUGGUUGCAGCUCUUGCUGAGGCACAAGACAUCAACAUGUUCUUGAAGCCACUUCGUGAUCAGCUAGAUGAUGUAGAGAAUGCAGAGUUUGAUGAAUCAGCAAAGCUGUUUGACCCUCUACUGCAUGUAGUGUGUCUCAUCUGGGCUAAUUCACAGUAUUACAACACACCAGCCAGGAUCAUUAUUCUCCUCCAAGAGAUCUGCAAUAUGCUCAUUGAAAAUUGUCGCAACUUCCUGGAGCCCACAGAAAUCUUCAAAGGAGAACUGGAAGAGGUGAUCGUCAAGGUGAAUGGUGCUGUAAAUAUCCUCAAUGCUUUCCGCAAAUCUUAUGAGGAGCACCGUGCCAACAUCAAGGACUACUUCAAGGAAGGUGAACCAAAAGAAUGGGAAUUUGCCCCUCAACUUGUCUUUGCCAGAUUUGACAAGUUCGUAGAGAAGGUGGAAACUGUCAGAGAUCUGUUUGAGACUGCCAUAGAGUUCAUGAAGCUGGAGAAGGUUGAGCUUGGUGGUAUAAAGGGCAAGAUGCUCAGUUCUCAGGUGGUCCAAAUAUUUGAUGAAUUCAAUGAGCUCUACAAAGUGUUCACUGAAGUGACAUAUGACUGCUUAGAUAAUGAUGAUGAGGAGUUCACCUCUGACUAUGAGACAUUCCGUCGCUCCACAGAAGACCUGGACAGACGUCUAGGGGCCAUUAUCUGCCAAGGCUUUGAGGACUGCUGUGGUCUUGAGUCCUCAUUCAAAUUGAUCGACAUCUUUGGGUCACUGCUUGAGCGACAGUUGAUCAAAGAAGACUUUGACAAGUCUUACCCACAACUUAUAACUAUGAUGGAUAAUGAGCUAGACACUGCUAAGGCCAUAUAUGAUAAGCAGAUGGUGAUGCUGAACUCAACAGGCCAGCCUCCCAUUCACAAGAACAUGCCUAAGAUAUCUGGUGGCAUGAAGUGGGCUGCUGAGCUACGAGAGAGGGUGACAGUCCCCAUGAGUCAACUCAAGCAUGUAGAACACCCAUGUAUGGAGGGUGAGGAGGCUCGACUUUUGAUGAUCAAAUAUGAGGAAUUCUUGGAGCUCCUACAGAAGUAUGAGAAGCAGUGCUACAAUGAAUGGGUAGCUGGAGUGGAUGAGGCAUGCUCAUUCAAUCUUGCUCAGCCACUUCUACAGCGUAAUGAAGAGACAAAACUCAUCUGUCACAACUUUGAUCCUCAGCUGGUUGCCGUGCUCCGUGAGGUAAAAUACAUGGAGAUCCGCAUUGCGGAGGUUGAAGAUUCUGAUGAGAUCCCUCCCUCUGCUAGCAACGUAUACAAAGAGAACGACACAUUCAGGAACUAUGUAAACAACCUUGAUCUGAUAGUGAAGCGGUACAACAAGGUCCGAGAGACUGUCCUUGAAGUGGAGUUCCCACUCAUUGAGACACAAAUGGAGGAGAUUGAUGCCCAGUUACUCAAAGCAGAGAAAGAUCUCAACUGGAAUGAUGACAGUGUAUGGGAAUAUAUCCAAGAAACCAGAGAGCAGGUACGAGAUCUUGAGUCUCGGGUACAGAAGGCCAAGGAUAACGUAGAGAACAUUCAGAAGAUUAUGGCAACAUGGAGCAAGGAUCCAUUGUUUGUCCGAAAGGUUGAUAAACAAGUGGAGUCACUACUCCAUCUAGAGGAUCGAGAAAAUGUUUGUAAUAAGAGAUACGCUGAGGUGAAAGAAUUGGGCGAUAAGAUUCACAAUUUACUCAAGGAAAACCUGGAAUUUUUCAAAGCGGAUGCAGAGACAGAUAUCUGGAAGGCCUAUGUGGAUUAUGUUGAUGAGAUGAUCGUUGAUGGUUUCUUCAACACCAUACACUGCAGCUUGAACUUCCUUCUUGAUAACACAGACCUCAACAAGGGUGGCCUCACUCCACUCUUUGAGGCUAAGCUCAAUCUUGAGGCUCCUGAGAUGGUUUUCAAGCCAUCACUGGAUUAUGGUGUUGCUGAUGGCUUUUAUGAUCUUGUGGAUGGUCUUGUUGGUGAUAUCUAUAAGCAAGCAUCCCUCAUUGAAAGACUGGCCAGUCACAGUGGACAGAGUCACUAUCAGCCUGACCUUGAAGACAUGGAAGAACUAUCUGAGAUGCGCCAAGAACUGAUGGACAAGGUCCAGAAUGUAAUGAACAAAGCUUGUGAGUAUCGCAACUCAUUUGACAGUUACGCCUAUCUCUGGGUGGAUGAUCGCAAUGAGUUCAUGCGUCAGUUCCUUCUCUACAACCAUGUGUUAACCACAGAGGAGAUUGAAGCACACGCUGAGGAUGGCGUUCCAGAGAGUCCACCAACCUUGGAACAGUUCAAAGAACAGGUUGAUACAUAUGAGAAGAUCUAUGAGGAGGUCGACCAGUUUGAAAGUACCCAUACAUUUGAUAAAUGGUUCCGUGUGGACUCCAAGGGCUUCAAGGCCAGUCUCAUCAACAUUAUCAGACGCUGGGGCUACAUGUUCAAGCAGCACUUGGUUGAUCAUGUUACCAACAGUUUGAAUGACCUCCAAGAGUUCAUCAAGGUGACAGAUGCUGGUUUGACCACUCCUGUAGAAGAGGGAGACUAUGACGGUCUUGUAGGAACUAUGGGUUAUCUAAUGGCUGUCAAAGAACGUCAAGCUUCAACUGAUGAGAUGUUUGAACCAUUGAAACAGACCAUUGAGCUUUUGAGACAAUACGAACAGGAGCUUCCUGAUGAUGUCCAUCAACAGCUUCAAGAGCUACCCGAACAAUGGAACAACACAAAGAAGAUACACAUCACAGUCAAACAACAGGUGGCACCACUACAGGCUAAUGAAGUGAACAAUAUUCGCCGUAAAUGCGCCUCAUUUGAUGUUCAACAACAUGAAUAUCGCGAGAAAUUCCGCAAGAUUAGUGCAUUCCAAUACUCCUGUGAAACUCCGUAUGAUGAGCUAGAUGUCCAGCAUCUUAUUCUGCUUGGCAUGGAGAAAGAAAUGGCGGCCCUCUUAGAAUCAGCUAGUCUGUUUGAGGUCAAUGUGCCUGACUACAAAGCAAUCAAACAAUGCAGGCGGGAAGCACGUCUUCUCAAGUCCCUCUGGGAUUACGUCUUCAUUGUACGCUCAAGUAUUGAAGAUUGGGAAAAGACCCCUUGGCUGGAAAUCAAUGUAGAACAGAUGGAAAUGGACUGCAAGAAGUUUGCUAAGGACAUCAGGAGUCUGGAUAAGGAGAUGAGGGCAUGGGACUCCUACUCAGGGGUAGAGAACCAAGUGAAGAAUAUGUUGACAUCUUUGAGAGCUGUCAGUGAACUACAGAACCCUGCCAUUAGAGAUAGACAUUGGAUGCAGCUUAUGCAGGCCACAGGGGUGAAAUUCACUAUGGAUGAGAGCACAACAUUGAAAGAUCUUAUGUCACUGAACUUGCACGAGUAUGAAGACACGGUGCAUGACAUUGUGGAUAAGGCAGUUAAAGAAAUGUCCAUGGAGAAGGUCCUUAAGGAACUUGAUGUUACAUGGUCCACAAUGGAGUUUGAACAUGAUAAGCAUCCACGUACACAGAUCACAAUGCUGCGUGCAAGUGAAGAGGCCAUAGAGACACUAGAAGAUAACCAGGUGCAACUCCAAAACAUGUUGACUUCCAAAUAUAUUGCUCACUUCCUUGAAGAAGUAUCCACAUGGCAGAAGAAACUCUCUACAGCUGACUCUGUCAUCACCAUAUGGUUUGAGGUUCAGCGUACUUGGUCCCAUUUGGAGAGUAUCUUCAUUGGCUCUGAGGAUAUCCGUAACCAACUCCCCGAGGACUCCAAGCGUUUCGAUAGUCUUGAUACCGACUUCAAAGAGCUGGUGGCUGAUGUUGAAGGCACUUUGAAUAUUGUUGAGGCAACUGGGAAACCAAACCUCUAUGAGAGAUUGGAAGCCCUUCAGGGAGAUCUAGCCCUCUGUGAGAAGGCCCUGGCUGAGUAUCUUGAGACCAAACGUCUUGCAUUCCCCAGAUUCUACUUUGUGUCAUCAGCUGAUUUGCUGGAUAUCCUCUCUAAUGGUAAUGAUCCUACCAUUGUAGCUAAACAUCUCACAAAGCUGUUUGAUAGUAUGGCUGAUUUGAAGUUUGUACAGGAUGAUAACAAUGAGAACACAAAGACCGCUCUAGGUAUGUACAGUAAGGAUGGAGAAUAUGUGGACUUCCCUCAUGAAUGCGACUGCAAUGGCCAAGUUGAAGUAUGGCUUAACAGGAUCCUGGAUAUCCAAAAGGAGACCAUCUGUCAUGAGAUGAAUGAAGCUGUUGUAACUUAUGAGGAGAAGCCUCGUGAUCAGUGGUUGUUUGACUUCCCUGCUCAGGUUGCCCUUUGCGGAACACAGAUUUGGUGGACUACAGAGGUGAACAUUGCCUUUGGGAGACUAGAGGAAGGCUAUGAGAAUGCAUUGAAGGAUUACAGCAAAAAACAGAUUGCUCAACUGAAUGCCCUGAUCAACAUGUUGGUGGGAAAGCUCAGUAGUGGUGACCGUCAAAAGAUUAUGACAAUCUGUACCAUUGAUGUCCAUGCUCGUGAUGUCAUCACAAAAAUGAUUGCACAGAAGGUCGACAAUUCCCAAGCUUUCAUGUGGCUCUCACAGUUACGUCAUCGUUGGUGUGAAACCAAGAAGGAUUGCUUUGCUAAUAUCUGUGAUGCUGAGUUCCGUUACUCCCAUGAGUACUUGGGAAAUACCCCACGUCUUGUGAUUACACCAUUGACUGACAGAUGCUAUAUCACACUGACACAGUCUCUCCAUCUUGUAAUGAGUGGUGCACCUGCUGGACCUGCUGGAACAGGCAAAACAGAAACAACCAAAGAUCUUGGACGUGCUCUGGGUAUCAUGGUGUAUGUGUUCAACUGCUCUGAACAGAUGGACUACAAGUCUAUUGGUAACAUUUACAAAGGCCUGGCUCAAUCUGGUGCAUGGGGUUGUUUUGAUGAGUUUAAUAGAAUCUCCGUUGAGGUGCUCUCUGUCGUCGCUGUCCAAGUGAAGUCAAUCCAAGAUGCCAUCAAGGACAAGAAACAACGAUUCAACUUCCUAGGAGAGGAGAUAUCCCUGACACCAACUGUCGGGAUCUUCAUCACAAUGAACCCUGGGUAUGCUGGGAGGACAGAGCUUCCCGAAAACUUGAAGGCACUGUUCCGACCAUGUGCUAUGGUGGUACCCGAUUUUGAACUGAUUUGCGAAAUCAUGUUGGUAGCUGAGGGCUUCAUAGAAGCUAGACUCUUGGCUAGGAAGUUCAUCACCCUGUAUACACUAUGUAAAGAGUUGUUAUCCAAGCAGGACCAUUACGAUUGGGGGCUGAGAGCCAUUAAAUCUGUACUCGUAGUGGCUGGUGCCUUGAAACGUAGCGACCCUGACCGUGCUGAGGAUCAAGUACUCAUGAGAGCUCUCCGUGAUUUCAACGUUCCAAAGAUUGUUACAGAUGAUAUGCCUAUCUUCAUGGGUCUCAUCGGUGAUCUUUUCCCUGCCCUUGAUGUGCCUCGUAAACGUGAUCUGGACAUGGAAAAACAAAUCAAACAGGCUACAAUGGACCUGCAGCUCCAACCUGAAGAUGGCUUCAUUCUCAAGAUUGUACAAUUAGAAGAGCUGUUUGCUGUGCGUCACUCUGUGUUCAUCAUUGGCAAUGCUGGUACAGGCAAGUCCAUGGUGUGGAAGACACUGCACAAGACAUACACCAACAUGAAGAAGAAACCCAUUGCUCAGGACCUUAAUCCAAAGGCUGUCACCAAUGAUGAGCUGUUUGGAAUCAUCAAUCCAGCAACAAGAGAAUGGAAAGAUGGUCUUUUCUCUGUGAUUAUGCGAGAUCUUGCUAACCUCAGCGGUGAUGGACCUAAGUGGAUUGUACUUGAUGGUGACAUAGAUCCUAUGUGGAUUGAAUCCCUCAAUACUGUCAUGGAUGACAACAAAGUGUUGACUCUGGCCAGUAACGAAAGAAUCCCCCUAACACCUAGCAUGAGACUUUUGUUUGAAAUCAGCCAUCUGAAGACAGCCACUCCUGCCACUGUCUCUAGGGCUGGUAUAUUGUUCAUCAAUCCUGCUGAUCUUGGGUGGAAUCCGUUUGUCAACAGUUGGAUUGAGACAAGAGAGGUCCAAUCAGAGAAGGCCAACUUGACGAUCCUCUUUGACAAAUAUAUUCCUACCUGUUUGGAGACUAUGCGUACACGUUUCAAGAAGAUCACCCCAAUAGCAGAGGUCAGCCACAUGCAGAUGUUGUGCUACCUGCUUGAAGUGACUCUAGUCCCAGAGAACACACCUGCUGAUUGCUCAAAGGAACUUUAUGAGCUUUACUUUGUGUUCUGUCUCGUCUGGGCCUUUGGAGGCUGCAUGUUCCAGGAUCAGUUGGUCGACUAUCGUGUAGAAUUCACCAAGUGGUGGAUUACAGAAUUCAAGACAGUUAAGUUCCCCAGCACUGGAACAGUGUUCGACUACUUCAUUGACCCAGAAACCAAGAAGUUUGAGCCAUGGACCAAGAAGGUGCCAUCAUUUGAGCUAGACCCAGAUUUGCCCCUACAGGCUGCUCUUGUACCUACAGCUGAGACCACUAGGGUGCGCUACUUCAUGGAUCUUUUGGUACAGAAGAAGAGACCUGUCAUGUUGGUCGGAAAUGCAGGUACUGGUAAAACUGUGUCAAUCCAAGAAAAACUGCUGAAUCUCUCUGAUGACUGGAUGGUUGCUAAUGUACCAUUCAACUUCUAUACAACAUCUGAGAUGUUACAGAAUAUUCUGGAAAAACCACUGGAGAAGAAAGCUGGAAGAAAUUAUGGGCCACCUGGUAGUAGACGUCUCAUCUACUUCAUUGAUGAUAUGAACAUGCCUGAGGUGGAUACCUAUUUCACAGUGCAGCCCCACACACUGAUUAGACAGCACAUUGACUACAGCCAUUGGUAUGACCGUACCAAGCUCACAUUGAAAGAAAUCCAUAACACCCAGUACGUUGCGUGCAUGAACCCCACUGCUGGUAGUUUCACUAUCAAUCCACGUCUGCAGAGGCAUUUCUCCGUGUUUGCCGUCAGUUUCCCAGGAUUAGAUGCCCUGAAUACCAUUUACAGUACAAUCUUGUCACAGCAUCUACAGUUUAACUCAUUCCCAGGGGCAUUGGUCAAGUUUGCACCAUCCCUAGCUGCAGGGGCUCUUGCACUUCACACAAAGAUCAACAGUACCUUCCUACCCACAGCCAUCAAGUUCCACUACGUCUUCAAUCUUAGAGAUCUCUCUAAUGUUUUCCAAGGUCUGCUUUAUUCCACACCAGAUUGUUUAAAGACCAACGUUGACCUGGUCAGACUACUUAUGCAUGAAACGGACCGUGUCUACUGUGACAAGCUAACUGAUGAGCAAGAUAUUGAGACAUUUAAUAAAAUGCAGAAAGAUAUCGUAAAGAAGAACUUUGAGGACCUACCCGAAGAGCAAUUGUUUGAAAAGCCAAACCUCUACUGCCACUUCAGUAGUGGUAUUGGUGAUCCCAAAUACAUGCCUGUUGAGGGCUGGCCAUCCAUCACAAAGAUCCUCACUGAUGCCUUGGACAGCUACAACGAGCUGAAUGCUGCCAUGAAUCUCGUGCUCUUUGAAGAUGCCAUCCAACACAUUUUGAGAAUCAAUCGUAUUCUGGAGUCCCCUCGUGGUAAUGCUUUACUCGUGGGUGUCGGUGGUAGUGGAAAACAGAGUUUAUCUCGUUUGGCUGCCUAUAUAAGCAGUUUAGAGGUGUUCCAGAUUACUCUACGUAAGGGAUAUGCUAUCCCUGAUCUGAAGAUUGACCUUGGAGCAUUGUACAUGAAAGCUGGUGUCAAGAAUAUUGGCAUUGUUUUCCUUAUGACAGAUGCCCAAGUGGCUGAUGAGAAGUUCCUCGUAUUGGUUAAUGAUUUACUAGCAUCAGGUGAAAUUCCAAAUCUGUUCGCAGAUGAUGAAAUUGAGAAUAUUAUUGGGGCCGUCAGAAAUGAAGUAAAGAGCCAGGGUAUGGAGGAUUCAAGAGAAAACUGUUGGAGAUUUUUCAUUGAUCGGGUGCGUCGAUUGCUGAAGGUGGUCCUGUGCUUCUCCCCUGUAGGAAACACCCUUAGAGUGAGAGGUCGUAAAUUCCCCGCUAUUACAAACUGUACAAGUAUCGACUGGUUCCACGAAUGGCCCCAACAGGCCCUGAUAUCCGUAUCAGAGAGAUUCUUGGGUGAAAAUGAGCUCCUGCCUGAAAAUAUGAAGGACUCUAUAGCUAAAUUCUUAUCAUACGUGCAUACAUCUGUAAAUGAGAUCAGUUCCAAAUAUCUGGCCAAUGAACGACGUUACAACUACACGACACCCAAGAGUUUCCUGGAGCAGAUUAAUUUCUAUCAGAACCUGAUGAAGACAAAGUCAACGGAACUACAAGGGAUGAAAAUGCGUUUAGAGAAUGGUCUUGAGAAACUUAGGAACACAGCUGGUCAGGUGGAUGAUCUAAAAUCCAAGCUGGCUGCUCAGGAAGUGGAACUAGCCCAAAAGAAUCAAGAUGCCAAUGAACUGAUUGAAGUUGUUGGUGCUGAGACAGAAAAGGUCUCUAAGGAGAAGGCUAUUGCUGAUGCUGAAGAGGAGAAAGUUAACAAGAUUAAUGAAGAGGUUACAAAGAAGGCCGCUGAUUGUGAGAGAGAUCUUGCAAAAGCUGAACCAGCUUUGAUUGCCGCUCAGGCUGCUUUGGAUACGCUGAAUAAGGGUAACUUGACAGAGUUGAAGUCAUUUGGAUCACCCCCAGCUGCUGUUGUCAAUGUAACAGCAGCUGUCAUGGUUCUCAUGGCACCAGGAGGCAAAAUCCCCAAAGAUAGGAGCUGGAAAGCAGCUAAAGUAGCUAUGGGCAAGGUGGAUCUCUUCCUUGAGAACCUCAUCAACUACGACAAGGAGAAUAUCCAUGAUAACUGUCUAAAAGCCAUCAAGCCCUAUUUGGCAGACCCCGAAUUUGAGCCAGAAUUCAUCCGAGCUAAAUCCAAUGCUGCUGCUGGUCUCUGUGCUUGGGUUAUCAACAUCUGUAAGUUCUACGAAGUGUAUUGUGAGGUAGAACCUAAACGUCUGGCUCUGGAACAGGCUAAUUCUGACCUUAAAGCUGCCCAAGACAAGCUAGCAGUCAUCCAGGCUAAAAUUACAUCCCUCAUGGAAGCUUUGGGUAAACUGACGGCUGAGUUUGAAAAAGCAACUAAUGAGAAGCUGAGGUGUCAACAGGAAGCUGAUGCAACCAAUCAAACAAUCUCUUUGGCUAACAGACUUGUAGGUGGACUGGCUUCUGAAAAUGUACGUUGGGCAGAGUCAGUAGAAGGCUUCAAGAAACAAGAAGAUAUGUUGCCAGGUGAUGUAUUGCUGACAACGGCGUUUGUGUCAUAUGUUGGUUGCUUCACCAAACAAUAUCGUAUGGAAUUAAUGGAUGAAAAAUGGUUGCCAUACUUGAAGGAACUUGGUAAUAUCCCAAUCACUGAGGGACUCGAUCCACUGAGCAUGUUAACUGAUGCAGCUGAUAUUGCAUCCUGGAACAAUGAGGGACUCCCUAGUGAUCGAAUGUCAAUAGAAAAUGCAACCAUCUUAACAAACUGUGAGCGAUGGCCAUUGAUGAUUGAUCCCCAGUUGCAGGGUAUCAAAUGGAUCAAGACAAGGUAUGCAGACAACCUAAGAGUGGUACGUCUAGGACAGAGAGGCUAUUUGGACACUAUUGAAAAUGCUGUCAGUUCAGGAGAUACUGUCCUUAUUGAGAAUAUUGAGGAGGAAAUGGACCCUGUCCUUGAUCCUUUACUUGGAAGGAACACCAUAAAGAAAGGCAGAGCCAUCAAGAUGGGUGACAAAGAUGUAGAAUACAAUCCAAAGUUCCGUCUUAUUUUGCAAACAAAGUUAGCCAAUCCUCAUUACAAACCUGAGAUGCAAGCCCAAGCUACUCUUAUCAACUUCACUGUGACAAGGGAUGGUUUAGAAGACCAGCUUUUGGCUGCUGUAGUCAACAAAGAAAGACCUGAUUUAGAGAAACUAAAAUCUGAAUUGACUAGACAACAGAACCAGUUUAAGAUUACUCUCAAAGAACUUGAGGAUAACUUGUUGGCAAGAUUGUCUGCAGCUGGAGGCAACUUCCUUGGAGACACUGCCCUCGUUGAAAACCUUGAGACAACUAAGAGAACAGCCCAAGAGAUUGAGGUUAAGGUAGAAGAGGCCAAGAUCACAGAAGUUAAGAUCAAUGAAGCUCGGGAGGAGUACCGUCCAGCAGGUGCUAGAGGCUCUCUCUUGUACUUCAUCCUGAAUGAUCUCAACAAAAUCAGUCCUAUGUACCAGUUCUCUCUUGUUGCAUUCAGUGUUGUUUUUGAAAAGGCCAUUGAGAAUUCUGUCGAGGCUGAAGAUACAAAAACUAGAGUUUUGAAUCUCAUUGACUGCAUAACAUUCUCUGUGUUCAUCUACACCUCUCGAGGUUUGUUUGAGAAAGACAAACUCAUCUUCACAUCACAGAUGUGCUUCCUCAUUAUGCUAAUGAACAAAGACAUUGUACCAUCAGAGCUCGACUUUCUGUUACGUUUCCCUAUCCACGUGAAUGUCACAAGUCCUGUUGAUUUCCUCAGUAAUCCAGGUUGGGGAGGCAUUAAAGCUCUAUCUGCAAUAGAAGAAUACAGAAACUUAGAUAGGGAUAUUGAGGGAUCAGCGAAACGCUGGAAGAAGUUUGUAGAAAGUGAAUGUCCAGAAAAAGAAAAAUUCCCCCAAGAAUGGAAGAAUAAAACUAGUCUGCAGAAACUCUGUAUGAUGCGUGCAUUGCGACCUGAUCGUAUGUCAUACGCUGUCACUAACUUCGUUGAAGAGAAAAUGGGCACGAAAUACACAGAAGGUCGUAGUGUUGAAUUCGCUAAAUCAUACUCAGAAUCUGGUCCAGCGACCCCUAUAUUCUUCAUCCUGUCUCCCGGAGUGGACCCCUUAAAGGAUGUGGAGGCCCUUGGCAAGCAGAUGGGCUUCUCGUUUGAUAAUAACAACUUCCAUAAUAUUUCCCUGGGACAAGGACAGGAGAUUGUAGCUGAGCAGGCCAUGGAUCUUGGAGCAAAGGAGGGACACUGGGUCAUUCUACAGAAUGUUCAUCUUGUGGCAAAAUGGCUUGGUACAUUGGAGAAGAAGAUUGAGGAAUACAGCCAGGAGAGUCACCCUGACUAUCGUGUGUACAUUAGUGCAGAGCCUGCUGCUUCUGCAGAGUACCAUAUUAUCCCUCAGGGUAUCCUAGAGUCAGCCAUUAAGAUCACCAAUGAGCCCCCUACAGGCAUGCAGGCCAACUUACACAAAGCUUUUGAUAACUUCAAUCAGGACACUCUAGAGAUGUGUGCUCGUGAGGCUGAGUUCAAGAGUAUUUUGUUCGCACUGUGUUACUUCCAUGCUGUUGUGUGUGAGCGCAGGAAGUUCGGACCACAGGGCUGGAACAGGGUCUACCCAUACAACACUGGAGAUCUUACUAUAAGCUGCAAUGUGCUCUAUAACUACCUUGAGGCCAACGCUAAGGUACCAUGGGAGGAUCUGAGAUACCUGUUUGGGGAGAUUAUGUACGGUGGUCACAUUACUGACGAUUGGGACAGAAGACUAUGUAGGACGUACCUAGAGGAAUACAUGCACCCUGACAUGUUAGAUGGUGAACUCUACCUCGCCCCUGGCUUCCCAAUCCCUCCCAACUCAGACUACAAGGCUUACCAUAAUUACAUAGAUGAGUGUAUACCUCCUGAGAGUCCAUACCUGUAUGGUCUCCAUCCAAAUGCUGAGAUUGAGUUCUUGACAACUAAGUCUGAUCUCCUGUUCAAGACUGUACUUGAGAUGCAGCCUAGAGAUGCAGCAGCGUCUGGUGGCGGUGGUGCCAGUAGGGAAGAAAAGAUCAAGGCAAUUUUGGAUGACAUUGUUGAAAAGAUGCCUGAUGAGUUCAACAUGCUGGAUAUUAUGGGCAAGGUUCCCCUGGAAGAGAGGACUCCUUACGUUGUGGUUGCUUUCCAAGAGUGCGAGAGGAUGAAUGGAUUGACCAAUGAGAUGAGACGAUCCCUGAAGGAGUUGGAUCUCGGACUCAAGGGUGAGCUUACGAUCACUAGUGACAUGGAAGACCUUGGUAAUGCCCUUUUCCUGGAUAGAGUCCCUGAGUCAUGGGCCAAACGUGCCUAUCCCUCUCUCUAUCCCCUGGGCUUGUGGUAUGGAGAUCUCCUCCAGAGAGUAAAGCAGCUUGAGUCUUGGACAUCCGACUUCCAACUCCCAGCAGCUGUGUGGCUAGCAGGAUUUUUCAACCCUCAGUCAUUCUUGACGGCAAUUAUGCAACAGAUGGCUCGUAAAAAUGAAUGGCCACUCGAUAAAAUGUGCCUGUCGUGUGAUGUCACUAAGAAGACUAAAGAAGACAUGGGUGGACCACCAAGAGAGGGGGCAUAUGUACAUGGACUAUUUAUGGAGGGUGCCCGUUGGGAUCCACAGAUCAAUAUGAUCGGGGAGGCAAGACUGAAGGAACUUGCACCCCCAAUGCCAGUGAUUUUCAUCAAGGCUAUCCCAGUAGAUCGCCAGGACAAUAGAAACAUGUAUGAAUGCCCUGUGUAUAAAACCAAACAGAGAGGACCUACAUUUGUAUGGACCUUUAACCUGAAGACCAGGGAAAAGCCUGCUAGGUGGACACUCGGUGGUGUGGCAUUGCUGCUUCAAGUAUAGACAGCAACUCUUGUUGCAACAUUUUAAGACUCAAUAGGAAAUAAUAUGGACACAACACUACAUCCACUAUUCAAUAAUUGGCCUUAGCAUAAAAAUCACAUUUUGAAGAAUUCAUAAAUGGGAUAUUUUAAAAAUUGUACAAUGAGAUGUACAAUGGUGUUGCACAAAAAUAUUAAGAAUUAGUCAUCUUCUCAAAAUGACUUAGGUAAUAAAUAAUGCUCAAUUUAUUUUACAAGACAAUAAAAUACAUUCUAUUAUAGCAUUCCAACUGAAAUCCAUAAUCCGUCCAGAGGUUUAUAAUAUUACUUAUUCAAAUUAUUUACAAAAACUGUUUUACAUUAUGUAUAUAUGUUCAAUAUUUUGUUAAAAGAUAUUUGUUGAAUGCAUUGAAUUAUAAUCAAAUUAUUGAAAUGUUAUUUCUUUUGGAAAUGAACAGGAUACAUGUACCAGAAUUUUUGCAUUUAUUAACUGUAUACAGUUUGUAUCGAUUCAGAUUGGUUUAUUUAUGGUUCUGUAUCCAAUGAAGAAUAAAUACAAUUUUAUCAA